CCGGCUAGCCUGUAGUAGAGGUAAGAACGGUUAUCCAAUCGCCGAGGUUCAGAUACUUGCAGGUGCAUCGCAUAUCGACAGCUUCACCUGCUUCACAAUUUAGACCUUCACAGCUUCAACAACUUCUGCAAACAUACAAGACGACGUAUUAUACAACCCUUAAUACCAACGAUAUAAUUUAAUUCAAUACGCUUGAGGAUCUUCAAAUCUCUAUUGAUAUGCCCUCACGACCAAACAUAUUAUAAACACUUUACCACAAUGGCAACCGACACGGCGCCACCGCCCUCCAGUUCUCCAUCCUCCUCUCUCUCCUCAUCAGAACCGCCGACAUCAUCACCAUCCUCCCCCUACCCCUACGCCUUCGCCCCCGACAUAAUCCGCGCGCACCAAAAAGACGCCUACUUCCAAGGCCUUCUCACGAACCAAAUCGCCGACCUGCACCGACACCUCCUCGGCGCCCGUUCCGCCCACGCCUGGGCCCCCGAGUCCCGCACCCUCGCCGACCUCCUCUACCUCUCCCUCACAACCCUCCUCGGCAACCGCACCCUAGGCGAGGAGUACUGCGGCCUAGUCCAAGUCGAAUCCGAAACCGGCGCUCUCCCCGCGCUAAGCCGCCGCGCCCUCUACAUCGCCGGCAGCAUCCUCGCGCCCUACGGGCUAUCCCGUCUGCUCCCCAAGCUCCGCGCCCGGAUCCGCGCGCGCCUGCAGCAGAACCUAGGGCUCUCGUCGACAACGAGCCUCGACGAGAUCAACGCUAGCCUGAAAACCCGGCAGACCUGGUCCUACAAGCUGCAGGCGUACCUCCUCACGCACCUCCCCUCGCUAACCUCCGAGUCCCACGUCCACGCCGUCAGCCUCGCGCUGUUCUACUUCGGCGGGUCGUACUACGAGCUAGCGAAGCGGGUCGCGGGCCUGCGGUACGUGUUCACGCGCAAAGUGGGCGAGUCGUCCGACCGCGCCGGGUACGAGCUUUUAGGCGUGCUGCUGGCCGUGCAGAUGGCCGUGCAAGGAUACCUGCAUGUGCGGACUGCGUUUGCUUCUGCAUCUCCCUCUUCCUCCCCUGCCAGUUCUGAGCGCGCCAGGCCCGAUGGUAUCCUCGCUGUAUCGCUCGAUAGCAAUACCUACGCUUCUAAUAACGAGCUCCUCCUCGCAACGGCGGCCGGCUCUUCUCAGGGGACGACUCGCAUCGAUGUCUUGGCUGCGACGCACACGCCAGCACCGCCGGGAGGCACCGGCAACCCCCGAUACGACUUGUCUGACGAGAAGGGUAUGCGCUGGAUCAAGGGUACACAGCAGCGCAAAUGCACGUUAUGUCUCGAAGAGCUCAAAGAUCCGUCCGCCACACCGUGCGGUCACGUCUUCUGCUGGGCUUGCAUCGGCGACUGGGUCCGCGAGAAACCCGAGUGUCCGCUGUGCCGUCGCGAGGCGUUAGUCCAGCAUAUUCUACCACUACGGGCUGUUUGAUAUGACGUUUGCGUAUGUCUAAUAUGAAUAGGGGGCGAGGUUUUGUCAUAGCCGGGAAGGAAUAAUACACCAUAGCAUCGCGGUAUUUAUCAUAAUGAAAAACAAAAGACACAACGACGUUCAAAUAU